GUGAUUCUUGAAUUUUGAAUUUAGCAUUUUUAAGCUUUAUAGCAAAUAUAAUACGUAUUUGUCAUACCUUCAAUUUGUCAUUAUCACAAGUGACGCGAACAUUUAUAGCAUAGAAAAAUCAGAGCCAGCCAACUUACUGUGAUCGAUCCGUGAACUACAAUCAACAAUGUCGCUUGAAACUGACGGUAGGGAAUUAUCAAUAUCCAAAAGAAUCAAAACACACUUCACAAAUCCUGAAGUGUUACCAGAAUUUGUACUAGAGCUGGGCGAGGGUGAAACUUGUACAGUCUGUCACGGAGUUUUACGAAAUGCGUUCCAACUGUGUUGUGGACAUCAUAUUUGUGAAAACGAUAUCAAUAUCAUCUUCGGAGAGAAAGAGGAAGACACUUGCCAUAUUCCAGGAUGCCAAAUUAAGUUUUCUAAAAAUUCUGUUUUUCCAGAUGCGUGUAAACGACGGGAAAUAUCAAAAUUGUCCGUCUAUUGUUCAUACAAAGAUUUAGGUUGCCAAGAAAAACUACCCUGGAAUGGUUUAUCCAAACACAUGGCCACAUGUAGAUUUCAAGGAAAACACUGUGAUAAAUGUGGCCAGGCCGUUUUAUUGUCAGAGUUGGAGGAGCACAUGUCCAAGACUUGUGAAUAUAGAGAGACUCAGUGUUUUUACUGUCUAGAAAAUAUCAGUAUGAAGGAUAUUGAGAAUCAUCAGAGCUCUGUAUGCCGGAAGGUUCCGUUAAACUGUCCAAACGAAUGCGGAGUUCAGGGCAUGCCACGAGAGCAGAUGAACGAUCACUUAAUCCAGUGUCCACUCAAAAAGACCGUAUGUCCUUUUUCUAAGCAUGGAUGUACAUUUGAGGGAACCAAAGACCAAUUGGACAUCCAUAAGAAGGACAUGAUUUCAUUACAUCUUGACAUGACAAUGAAGCGUUCCAGUCAACAGCAUGAAUCCUUAUUUUUAGAAUUGAAGACAACAAUGGAUAAAGUCAUACGGGAAAAUGCAAGAAUUCCCGAACUCAUCGAGGAAAACGAAAGGCUACAAAAAGAGACACAAGCAAAUAAAAUAUCGAUUCAGGAAAUGAAGAAAUUUCUGGCAAGCAAUGGAGAAAAGGUUAUACAGACGGGACGCCUACUUGAAGACAAAGCGUCCGUAGAGACCGUUGAUAAACUAAAAAAGGAAGUGAUAACGAUGAAGGAUACAGUCCUAGCAACAAACCAGAGAGUGACCAACAUAGAACAUAGAGGUGGAGUUCAAGCAGGUCGUUCUGGGGGUGGAAACUCUAAAGAAAUAGAGAAUGUGGAGAAGCAGGUUGGGCUGCUGGAUAUUCGUCUCUGUGAAUUAGACCUGAGACUUCAACUACAAGAAACGAUUAACUUCGACGGUGUCCUGAUGUGGAAAAUCAGAGAAUACAACAGACGAAAACGUGAAGCCGUAUCCGGGAAAACCCUGUCUCUGUAUAGUCAGCCGUUUUAUACCAGUAGGUACGGAUACAAGCUUUGUGGACGCGUCUACCUGAAUGGUGACGGGGCUGGAAAGGGUCUCUUUCUCUCUUUCUUCCUAGUUGUGAUGCGAGGCGACUUUGAUGCACUUUUGCCUUGGCCUUUCCAACUACCAGUUACUUUGAAACUUUUGGACCAAAAUGGAACCAAUCAACACGUCGCCGAGCAGUUCCUGCCAAAUGCAACGAGUAACAGCUUCCAAAAACCCACAACAGAAAUGAAUGUUGCAUGUGGUGUGCCGUGCUUUGCUCAUCACUCUAAACUAGAAACGGACACGUACCUUAAAGACGACACUAUUUUUCUUAGGGUUGUCGUCGACUGUACGAAUGCCAGAACCAGUUUUUGAAUUUUUGGGUUUGUUCAGGUUCUUUAGUAGAGAACAGAUUUUGAUAGUGGUAUUAAUACAAUUCUGUACUCUGUCUGCAGUAUAAAAACGUGUUAAUCCGCUACUCAGAAUCGUAAUCUACUAAAGAAUGGGACACAAACCAGUGUCAUCAUAAUCUUGUGUGAGAUAAAAGCUCAAAACAUGCAUACUGCAUAUAAAGAUAAUCAGCCUUAGACUAAAACUCUUAUUCCGAUGCAUACUUGUGAGAUGCAGAAAAGAACACGUACACGUAGAAUUGUAGUUUACCUGUAAAAUACCAUGCCUGUCUCACAUUAAAAACAGAUUUCGCCAUAAAAAUAGAGUCAAUUUCAUAUGUAUAAUGCGUUUCUUAUACUUUAAGAAAUGUUGUUAAACAUUUAUGUACCUUCCGAUAUCUGACUAGGCUACAUUUUUUCACGGCAUCAAAAUAUGAAGGUCUCUUUGUUCAUCUUAUUUUAUAUAUAUGUGAGAGGAUUAAUUAAAAUACAAGGUUGGUUAAUGUAUAUAUUGGAAUAUG